AUGAAUGAACUUGGCACUUAUCUCGUUAAAGAGAAAAUAAGUUCCUUGGAUAGAGCCCUGAGAUUGGCUUUUGUGGCAUACUCCAUGCCUGAUGAUGAUGUUUGUGGUGGCACGAAGGUGGUUGUGGAUGUGGAUGGAGGAAUGGAUUGUGGUUUUAGACAUCGUCCUGGCCCAUGUAUUCGAUUGACCGGUGCCUGUUAUAAUUGUGGUCAACGAGGUCAUAUAGCUCGUGAUUGUAAACAAAGGCCAAAAGAUAAUUCUAAAGAUAAAGAGAAGCAAUCUACUGCCGGUGGUCGAGUGUUUACACUAUCUGCUGACAAAUCUACUGCGGGUAUGGUUUCUGGUACCAAUUCUAUUGAUGGUAGAAAUGCAUAUGUUUUAUUUGAUACAGGUGCUACACACUCGAUUGUUUCUGAAAACUUCGAAGAAAAUCUUAAAUCAUAUGAACAAUCCACUGAAUUUCCAUUACAUAUUACUACUCCCAUGGGUAGUUCAGUAUGUAUAUUUGGGCAAUUCCCAAACUGUCCAUUAUUUAUUGGCAAUCGAAUUCGGGAAGUUACUUUACUACCGAUGAAAAUGGAUCACUUUGAUAUCAUCCUUGGCAUGGAUUGGUUGUCUAAACAUCGAGUGACCAUCGACUGCAAAGCCAAACAAAUCAUCUUCGGUGACGUCAAUAAACCCGAAUACGUGUUCCAGGGUGUUUCACCUGAGAAGGGAACUCGUGUUAUCUCAGAAGUAAAUGUUAAAGCAGUGGUAUGGCAGGGAUGUGAAAGAUUUUUAGCUUCACUACAAGAUCCCGGAGAGGUAUGCCUUAAACUUGAAGAUAUUCCUGUUGUUAAUCAAUUUCAAGACGUCUUUCCAGAUGAACUUCUAGGAGUUCCUCCGGAAAGGGAAAUUGAAUUUACAAUUGUUCUUGUUCCGGGAGCUGCACCUAUCUCAAAGGCUCCGUAUCGUAUGGCUCCGACCGAAAUGAAAGAACUUAAGGAACAACUUGAAGAUCUUUCUAAUCGGGGUUUCAUUUGA